AUGAGGCGAAGUAAGGAAAGGUCGACUUUUCUCCUUUCAUCUCCUCAGCGCUUCCCCCCAACCAGAGACACAACGAGGCUCCUGGCAGGCUCCUUCUCUAAGCAAAAGAGGCCCUCUUCCACGCGCGAGCCGAGAAGGAAGAGAAGGAGGCGCCCGACACCGCCCCCUCGGCUGCCAUUUUCCCCACACGGGCCCGGCAGGCCCCGCCUCAGUGCGGUUGUGCGGCGAGGGAAAAGGAGGAGCGACGCGAAGCCGCUUCGAGAGGAAGGCGCCGGAAGCUGCACUACAAGGCCUCAGCCGGCCUGAAGAACGCACGAGCGGCGUCGGCGUCGCCUGAGGAGCCAGCCGCCGCGCCUCUCCCCCUGGCGCCUGUCCCGCCUUCCUUUCCCGCUGGGGGCCCUGCGGUGAGUAACGGCUUCACGGGGCUCCCCUGCUCGGGCGGGGAAGGGGAGCCGCCGGCCCCUGCUCCUCUACCUCCUCCUCCUCGUGGCAACCCGGGUUGCGAUCAUCCCGGCGUUGGUGUUCGCUUGCGUUACCUUUUGCUUACACGGGUGUCUAGGCGGCUUCUCACGUGA